UGGCGCGGGGUGUGCUGGCCGGCGCCUCGCCUUUGCCUUUGCGCUUUGUACCCAACGGCGCGCGCGAGCGGCCGCGCUCAGGUGCGGUGGGAGGGUCUGCGCUCUCCUUUCACUUUCUCCGGUCGCCAAAGCGGACACCUGGGGACGGAACCACAGCUCCCACCAGGCCAGCGAGGCAGGAGGACCGAAAAGGAAAGCUCGGAGAAGAAGUGAACGUUACCCGCUAGCAGAGGUGAGAGAGCGAGCCAGGCUUAGGUGAAGAGGGCUUCUGUGGAAACCCUGAGGACUCACUUGGGCAAGGGGGCCGUGGAAGCAAGAUUCCAGCUCAAGUGACAGGGAUAGGACACCGGAAGUAGAACGGCCUCAUUUGAAAAGCCAGAAGGAACAAAGAAAGUGGUUUCAUCGUGGCUUUUGUCUGCUGGAUCAUUUAGCCAUAGGCGACUUCAGAGGUGUCCAAGAGAGGUUUCGUGUAUUUUUACGACACGUUGGAGGAGGAGGAGACCCAACACAGCACCAUGUGAAGCACAGUUGAAAGGCCCAGGGAUAUUUGCCUUGAGGGGAUGUGCUUGCUGCUUCAAAUAUCUGACGGGCUGUCAUGUGGAAUAGGAAUCUGCCAAGUCCGGGCACGGCACGAGGGUCAACAGAUGGAAACUCCAGAGAGAUAGAAUUCAACCCCAUGGCUUGAACUCACGACCCUGAGAUCAAGAGUUGCAGGCUCUACCAACUGCGCCAGCCAGGUCCGUUCUAGGUGGCAACAGCCAUGCAAUUCUCCAGCUCGUCCAGGGCAGCAGAUGAGAAUUUUGACUAUUUGUUCAAGAUUAUCCUCAUUGGGGAUUCCAAUGUGGGGAAGACGUGCGUGGUGCAGCAUUUCAAAUCUGGGGUCUACACGGAGACGCAGCAGAACACGAUUGGGGUGGAUUUCACUGUGCGCUCCCUUGAGAUCGAUGGCAAGAAAGUGAAGAUGCAAGUGUGGGACACAGCAGGCCAGGAGCGCUUCCGGACCAUCACGCAAAGCUACUACCGCAGCGCCCACGCGGCCAUCAUCGCCUACGACCUCACCCGACGCUCCACCUUUGAGUCUGUUCCUCACUGGAUCCACGAGAUAGAAAAAUAUGGCGCGGCGAACUUGGUCAUUAUGCUGAUUGGGAACAAGUGUGACAUGUGGGAAAAACGGCAUGUCCUGUUUGAAGAUGCCUGCACGCUGGCUGAGAAACACGGCCUCCUUGCUGUUCUGGAAACAUCUGCUAAGGAGUCUAAGAACAUAGACGAGGUCUUCGUGCUGAUGGCCAGGGAGCUGAUUGCCCGCAACAGCCUGCACUUGCUUGGUGAGAGCCCCCUGAACAACCUGGCCAUGGGUUCCAGGCCGGUUCUUAUGGCCCAGGGGCCAAAGGAGAAGACCUGCAUGUGCUGAAUAUGCCCUCGAGGCCAGCUGCACCCACCGGUCGCCUGAUGUCAGAAACCAAAGUUGGCCGGAUAUCCUGUUGUCGGCCCAGAGCAUCUCAGACCAAAGCACAGACUUGCCUCUGGCCCUAACCCCGCCCCCUGGAUGGGGAGCACCGUUGCCUUGAUUCACACCUGAGGCCAGAACUGCGGACUCUGAGGAAGAGGACACCACUGUUUCUUUGGAUUCCGCCUAGGGCUUAAGGCACAGGGGUAGGAGGACACAGUCUGCUCUUUUGCAGCCUUCCAUUUUCUGUCUCCCCAACCCUUCAACGGCUUUCUACUGAAUUCUGCUUCUCACUCAAAGAAGAGGGUAGUGAAGGAAAGAAGAAAGGAGGCAUAUCAAGAGAGGGAGAGGAUGUUUAGAACAUUCCAGGGCAGUUUACAGCAGCUCUGGCAAGGGAGGAUGGAAAAAACCCUGCAGUGAUAAACCAGAAUGCUGCUGACAUUCACAUCUCAGGUCUUUAGCUUGGGGGGCAAAGCCUUUGACAUAAAGACCAUCAACAAACACUGUUUUGCCGAAUGGUCAAGUGCCAUGUGACGGAGACAGAAUUGGAUCUCACUUUAUCCUAGUUAGAUUGCUUUGACCACCCUCCUAGAAUGCGGGAGAUGCCUACAGUUUCCUUUCUAAAAUACUGGAUAAAAACUCACUUCUGAAUUGCAAUUAAAUGGGUUCAUAGAUGAAUUUCAAGACAAAAGUCACCUCACUGUGUGGCCCCUGUGCAUGCCCCGGACCCUCCAACACCUGUGAGAAAUAAACAUCCUUUUUUCGAA